AUCAAGUAUUGUAUCAUGGAAGGGAAGAAACCCUACGCUGUGAUCAUUUUAAUCCAACUUAUUUACACUGGCUUGUUUGUCAUCUCUAAAGUUGCAUUAGAUGAAGGUCUGAGCACAUUUACUUUCCUUUUUUAUCGUCAGUUGACAUCAACAGUAUUACUUGUUCCACUGGCUAUCUUUUCUGAAAGGAACAAGACCUAUUCGUUAUCAUUUUGGCUGUCGGUCAAGAUUUUCAUGCAUGCCUUGAUAGGAAUUACUUUCAGCUUGAACAUUUAUAAUAUUGGCCUGAAAUAUACUUCUGCAACGGUCGGCUCAGCAGCCACAAAUUGCAUUCCUGUGAUCACCUUUUUUCUAGCAUUGUUAAUGAGGAUGGAAACUCUGAAGCUUAGGAGAAUGUUAGGGAUAUCAAAAAUUCUAGGAAUAGGAAUAUGCAAAGCUGGAGUUAUAACUAUUGCCCUAUACUCUGGACCUCACCUAAAUCCUUUGAUCAAGUACCAUCACUUCGGCCACAAAAAUAAUGCAAAGCACAGCUCUCUGCACUCUAAGCAGAACUGGAUAACAGGAACUUUUCUCUUAAUUGCAGCCAACUCGUCCUGGUCACUCUGGAUGGUCCUGCAGGGGCGGUUAUUGAAGGAGUUCCCUUCGAAGGUGUUGUUCACAGCGAUAGAAAGUGUUUUCAGUGCUUUGCAGUCAUUUAUUAUAGCAGCAGCAUUUGAGAGAGAUGUCUCUAAGUGGAAGCUGAGGAUGGAUAUGGGAUUGGUCGCCAUUGCUUAUUCUGGAUUUAUUGUUACAGGGGUCUCUUUCUACCUGCAGUCUUGGUGCAUUGAGAAGAAAGGUCCUGUUUUUCUUGCAAUGUCAACGCCGUUGAGUCUAGUUUUCACCAUACUUUGCUCAUUGUUCCUCUUGGGAGACGCGAUUUCAUUGGGAAGUGUUUUAGGUGGAAUCUUGAUGGUUGGAGGACUCUAUGGUGUCUUAUGGGGAAAGAGGAGAGAAAAUUAUGAACCCAAGCCUGCAGAAGAAAACGCAGGAGUUUGUAACGAGAACAAGGAUUUUGCGCCAACAGAUGAUCAUGUUUGAACGAGCAUUAUUUGCAUGCAUGAAAUUUUAUCUUUACUUUGUCCUUUUUUUGAAAUCCUAAAUGCUUGUUUUAAACUUCUGGUAAGAUAUGAUUGUAGUUGAGAGAAUAUGUGUUGAGGGAAUGUCUGCUCUUUUAUAUUAGUUACUGAAUGAAAUGCUUU